AUAUCGCCGUCAGGAUGGAAAAGGAUUGGCUUCGUGGAAAAUAAAAAAGAAGAAAGUGAGCAGGAAAUCGCUUCCUCAACGAAUCGUCUUCUCCGAUUAAAAACUUUAAAAAGAAGGGCGGCAGGCGGCAAUUUUACCGGUGGUUUGGAGUAUUGAUUUGAUCGCCUGUUGCGGAAUUUCAGUUCUUUUGAGAAGGUUCUUCAGGCCGAGGAAUAAAGUACACAUCAUUUAGCCAUAAAAAAGAAUGCCUUUUGCACCAAUGGAGCAAGAUAAAGGCAACAAUGUGAAGUAUCUUUUGGUAAAUGAUGAUGAGACUGGAUGGGGGAUGUAUGACAAGCCUCUUCGGUGCUACGGCUGUGGCAUAGGUUGGUUUUGUUUUCUGAUAGGACUUUUGUGCCCCUUGGUAUGGUACUAUGCUACAUAUUUGUACUUCAGUAACCACUAUCGGAAAGAUCCGAGAGAGCGAGCUGGUCUUGCUGCUUCUGCAAUUGCUGCAUUGAUAUGCAGUACUGCAGCAGUUAUCACCAUACUCGCCGUUCUUAUAUAAGUCCAACCAACGGCUCCCUGGCUUUGGUGUUGUAAAAAGUUACACUACUGCUCAAAGUUUGCUGUUAAUGGGUAAAUUCAUCAAAGGAACUCAAGAUUUAUUCGAAUUUGGUGUUGUCUAAUUCUGUUCUCUUCAAAGAAAUUUACAUAAAAUCAAUUUGGGCUUGCUUUGUUUGGGUAACCCAAUACAAAUGAGAGUGAAUGCAAUAAAAUAUUGUUUGAGAAAUGUAUGAUGUAAAAUUGAAGCUUCACUUCUUUUUAUUUUUUGUUGUCCAAAGUGUUUGUUUUAAGUCAACAUUUGACAUUUAUUUGAAUGAAAAUUGUGACUUUUGACUAAAA